AUGGCAUCAGCUGGUAAUCAGGAUGCUUCGUGCCAGCCGUCAGCCCGGAUCAUACCAGAGUCCAGUGCCACAAGUCGUCAGCGUGUGCUUGGGCAAGCAAGGCCACCUGUGCUCGUGAAUGCAACCCAAAACUAUUGGCCAGAGGAUGGCGGUACACCGCUGCACUGGUUCUGCUAUAAGGGUGAUGGCAAGGUGGUGGAGAUGCUGUUGAAGCACGGUGCUGAUGCUAGAGCUAAAUCCGGCGUCAGUACAAUACCUCUCUCUAUGAUGUAUUGGUGGACACCACUGCACAAGGCUUGCCUGAACGGUCAUAUCAAGGUGGUGGAGAUGCUGAUGGAGCACGAUGCUGAUGCUAAAGCCAAGAGCAAGGAUGGGGCGACGGCAUUGCACGCCGCCUGCCAACGUGGUAGCAUGAAGGCGGUACAAGCCUUGUUGAGUCACAAUGCAGACCCCAAAGUCACAACAAACAAAGAGUGGUUCAUGUGUAAUUUCUGCAUCAAAGCGAGCCUUCGAGGCAAUGCUCGCGUCUACUGUGACCAGACGCGCUGGGAGACGAACAUGCAUGGAGAUCGCCCUACAGUGCCUGUGUGUGGCCGAAUCAAGAGGCGCUUUGAAGAGAAGUGA